UUUUUCUCUGGCUUUUUCCAGGCUUCAUGUCAUACCACGGCUAAUUCCUGAAAUUCCUGCCCUCCUCUCGCUUCAAACAAGCGGCUUCAGGAAGGAGACUAGGCAGCAGAAAACAAUCAAAACAAUAGAAACACAUUAGACUGAGUCAUUCUUAAUUUUAAAAACAAAUUAUUAUUCUACCUGCCUGUGUGUCAGUCCACUGACAAGAGUCCCGCCAGGUCUGCACUGCCACAACUAGACCAUCAUCAUCUCAUCUGUGGAUUUCAUACAAGCAUCCCCACUGGUCUCUUCCUGUCUCCCAUCAUCUCCCCCAACCCAGACCCUCCACCCCCUGCUCCCUGGUCCCCUUCCCGUGGUCCCACCACGUCUGCAGAGUGGGUGCCGGCUCCCUCCCCCAGGGGUGGGAGUGAGGAGCUCGGGGAUGGACUUGACAAACCUCUGGAGAAUGAUGCGGAGGGCGUGUGGAGCCCCGACAUCGAGCAGAGCUUCCAGGAGGCCCUGGCCAUCUACCCCCCCUGUGGCCGCAGGAAGAUCAUCCUCUCGGACGAGGGCAAGAUGUACGGACGAAACGAGCUGAUUGCACGGUACAUUAAACUUCGCACGGGGAAGACGCGGACCAGGAAGCAGGUAUCUAGUCACAUUCAGGUUCUAGCCCGGCGAAAGGCCAGGGAGAUCCAGGUGAAGCUGAAGGUACGCUACGACCAGGUUGCCAAAGACAAGGCCCUGCAGAGUAUGGCCACCAUGUCCUCAGCCCAGAUCAUCUCACCUGCGGCUUUCCAGAACAAGAUGGCUCUCCAGGGCCUGUCAAGGCCCGCUUAUCCCACUAGCGGUGGGUUUUGGCACGGGGGGCUUUCAGGACAGCCAGGAGGACACGAAGACAUUAAGCCCUUCUCCCAGCAGAGUUACGCCAUGCAAGCGUCCGGCCCGACCCCUAUAACAGGUUAUGAAAGCACAGCAGGGCUGUCAAUGUCUCCUGGUGCCCCCCCUUGGCAGGGUAGAAGUAUUGCCAGCUCCAAGCUGCGGAUGCUGGAGUUCUCCGCCUUCCUGGAGCAACCUCAGGACCCGGAAAAUUUCAACAAGCACCUGUUUGUGCACAUUGGUCAAUCCAACCCGAGCUACAGCGACGCCUAUCUGGAGUCCGUGGACAUCAGACAGAUCUACGACAAAUUCCCAGAGAAGAAAGGGGGCCUGAAAGAGUUGUUUGACAAAGGGCCACCCAACGCUUUCUUUCUCGUCAAGUUCUGGGCGGACCUUAGUAUAAACCUGCAAGAUGACAGCAGCUUCUUCUAUGGCGUUUCCAGUCAGUACGAAAGCUCUGAGAACAUGAUCAUCACCUCAUCCACCAAAGUCUGCUCCUUUGGCAAGCAGGUGGUGGAGAAAGUUGAGACGGAGUAUGCACGUUUUGAGAAUGGGCGCUACGUGUAUCGAAUCCACCGUUCCCCAUUAUGUGAAUACAUGAUCAACUUCAUCCAUAAGCUCAAACACCUGCCGGAGAAAUACAUGAUGAACAGCGUACUGGAAAACUUCACUAUCCUGCAGGUGGUGAGUAACAGGGACACACUGGAAACCCUCCUGUGCAUAGCCUACGUCUUCGAGGUGUCCACCAGUGAGCACGGCGCACAGCAUCAUAUUUACAGGCUAGUCAAAGACUGACAUUCACCCAGUUGGGACUUACCUUCUCUAGACCCAUUGUAGCACCUCAGUGAGCAGCAGCACUAAAUCAAUAUCGGAUACUUCCUCCGUAAGCUUAAAGCUGAAACCAUACAACUCAGUCAGAAGCCCAGAGAAACACUGGCUUUGUCAGCAUGCCCGGGAACUAUAUUACUGCUGAGGAAGAGAUGGAUUUGGGAUUGUGGAAGCUGAAACGACCUUAAUGUGAAAAGUGACGAGGAAUAAAGAAGAGGACCAUGAUACACUGUGGUCUCUAAACCAAAGGAGCCAACAAGACCUGAAUGAGAAAGUUUCCAUUGGUGGUGUUUUUUCCAUCUCAUUUUACUAGUGCUUGUUUUUGAUUUUAGAUUAUUUUACAUGCAUGCAUGUGCAGGGGAUGUUUGCUACAGAGCGGUUUGGCUGCCUCAGUGUGCCACCUAGUGACAUAAAUAUAAAUUAAUGGGAUAAAAAGAAUACAAGUAGACUGACAGAAUCCCUCCUUUGCACAUACAUGAAAUAUCACUGUUUUUUGUGCCAAUCGUUUGUGUUAUUUGAUUAAUUAUGUACAGUGCCACAUCCAUCUCAUCUAAUCAGAUUUAUGAAGAUAGAGGCUAAAAUGAUUUUAAAAAGAGCUAUUCUAUUCACUUUGUUUGAUGUUUAAUGUUAAAUGUUUGUAGUAUUGUCUUACUGUUUUUGAUUGAAAAUGAUCUGACUGCAAAAGGCACAUAACACCGCUAACUUGAACCAGAUUCAGAUCUGUAACCUGAUUACAGAGGUUGACUGUAACCUGCCCUGAAGUGUCGGAUGAAUAUACAAGUGUUUCUUACAAAA